AUGUUUGUAGUGGAAGAAACGACUCCGUCACUUGACCAUCCAAGAAGGUGGGGAAGAAAUCAGUGCUGGAGAAACACGAAGAUGGCGAGAGCAAUGGAAGCUGCGCGCUUUGACGAUAAUGGAUUGGAAGAACACAACAACGAGGAAUCAGUUUCAUGGGAUGAUCUGGAAAGAGACGCUGCUAGUAAGGCCGGUGGAUCUUCUGAAAGAUUACAGGCCUCGAGAUCUCACCUGAACGACUCUUUUAGAAAAGGUGACGAACCUUCAGGAGACUUGUACGAGUUGUGGAGGCAAGAACAGAACAGCAUUGCCGCAAGACUAGACAAAGAGCUUAAAUCCAGGUGGGAGCUAGAUGAGCUUAUUGAAGAGCAGCUGAGCAGAUACCAGUCCCAUUACUAUAAGGCCAUGGUUUCAACCUCGUUAAAGGAUGUCUCUAACUUCCUCAUGCCCCAGUGGGUACCACCUCAUGAGCUUGCUGCUGUGUCUUGGCUUGGAGACUGGCGUCCCACUUCCAUUCUUGACAUUCUUCGCGUUCAGGCCGCUCACAACCCUUCCUUCUCUCUGUCUGAGUCCUGUGAACGUGUGCUCUCUCAGCUUGUACGUGAGAUACGCAUAGAGGAGGCCGUGAUCGAUGAAGAGUAUGCAGAAAUUCAGGCCACUUGUGUUCUGCACCUUCCCUUUUCGCCGCUCUGCAAUGGUCAGUCGCAUGAAGAAGCUCUGAGUUCUGUGCAGGAGCUGUUUGGGAACAUCCAUAAAGUCGUCUCAAAGGCACAACGACUCAGGUAUAAAGUGUUGGAGCUGGUGAUGAAGAAGCUGCUUAAUCAAACAGAUACAGCCGAGUUCGUGGUCGCAUUUGCAGGAAUUCAAGACGCCAUCCACCAGUUUGGAGAGCAGAAGAAGCUAAAGAAGCAUUACCCUGCGGUUCCUUUGAAGGGAUCAGGAUCAUCCAGUUGA